CACAUCUGCCAUCACCGAAGCCCACCUCUUUUUUUUCUUCACCUCCGAUGCAGCCCACCAACAUGUUUCCUCUCCACGCUCUUCUUCUCUGUGUACGGCAGCACAUCGGAGGUAGCCACGUAACCAUGCAGCUCGAUGGGACGGACCAGCUGUUCCGGCUCCCACCUAUAAAAUCAAUCGGCACUAGGCCUGCAACCCUAGCUCGCUGCUCCUUCCUCUCCGCCGCCACUCUCUUCUCCCUCCUUUUCUCUUCCUCUCUGCCUCCACACGUCGGCCUCCCGUUGCUCCGCUUUGCUUGUUCCUCCGGGCUACUCCCUGCGGUGCGCGUCGCCAGCGUGCUGCACCACCACGGCCACACGCGCCGCCGUGCGCGCCCGGCAACCUCGACGCCGUCAAGCUCCCUGCUUCAUCUCCGGCACGUCAUCCGUGCAAGCCGGCGCCUUGCGCUGUUCCGCGCCGUUCCGCAGCGUCAAGAUCCUGCUUCGUCGACCCCGGCCGCAGCCGCUCGUCCCCAAGCCCGCAUCAUCGCCAAAAUCGUUCUCCAGCAGCUGUCGCUCCCCAACGUCGACGUCUUUGCCAGUUCAUCAACGCCGCUUCCUUCCCUCUCCAUCUCCGGCUCGUUCCGGUCGUCGAUCUCGCCGUCUCCUGCCGGCUCAACCGCGCGCACAAGCCGACGCCUUUCUUCCGCAAGCUUCCUCGCCAUCCGUCCGCUCACGUCGGACAAGCAGAAUCCGUCGCUGGUUUGGGUCACUGGUUCAAAUCCACGUUUCUUGAAACCGUCCCCGUCAGUUCGUCGCCAAGAUCUCCACCACGAGCUGGAUGUAUCCGUCCUCGCCCUAGCAGGACCAACGCGACCUGCGCUCCGCCGUUCUUCUGGGUCGCACCUCCACGGCGUGUUUCCGCCGGCCGCCCUCGAUCAAGUUCCAGUUCCGCGCCGCUGGGAUCUUCCUCGACCUGCAUGCACCAAGCCUCCGCGUUACAGAGAUUGAUCAAAGUCUGUGCGUGUCCUAUUCAACCAAGAACUGCAUCAUAGCUCAGCUGCCGGGUCCCGCCCCUCAGCCUCUGUCUGCGCCACCUCUGCAUCCUGUUGCUUCGUCAGCGCCUAGUCACCUUCUGGUCCCAGUGGUCAGUGACCUGGACUGGUUCUUCCUUAGCAUUUGCUUCUUCCCGAAUAGGAUCGCGAAGUGUUGUUGCGAGCAACGACAAGUUCCUCGGAUGUUCCUCGGCAAGCUUUAACAGGCAAGCAUUUCCCUUAUACUCCUGCCCCUGCAGGAGUCGCUCACCUAUUUUAUUUUGCCUUCUCCCUCAUGCUAGCUUUAAGUUGCGUUCUUGUCCCGUGUCCCUUCCACUCGUUACCUCAAGCAGCCUAUAUUGCCUCCACCAACCACCUAUAGCCAUUGUUUGGUUACUGGGUCUGCCUUGCGAGUCGUAGUGCAUGCUAGUGCUGUUAAUAUCAUGUUACCGUUAUUGCUAUCUUAUCGGAUUAUCUGUUGGGAGAUCAUGACACCUGGUUUAUGGAUAUAUUUGUUGGAGAUAAUCAUGCUUUACUUAUUGUUAACAACUAAAAUGAUAAGCAGAGGCAUCUGUGAGCCCCUUUGCGAAAGCAUCGGAACUUUGACUCACUAAUGUCCCCUAGGACCCGAGUUCUUGUUACCUGUUCUGAGACUGAGCGCUCUAACCACACGUGGGUAUGCUUAUGGGUCUCCCCUUGACCACUGCCGGAAUCUACAGCUUUGUCCAGUGGCCACAACUAGUUUGCAUGUUUUACCAUUUGUUGUUUGCGUGCAUGCCAGCUUGUUACUUAUUUACUUUGGGAAGCCCCUGGGUGCCUUGUAUCCCUUGUUUCUGGUAUGCACGUAUAGGUGCGGCACGUGCGUUUAUCGCAUGCUGAAGCGGGUCAUUCGCCCCAGUGUGUGUUUUGACCCUCGGAAGCCGUCCUCGCAAUAGCUAAGUCCGCUUCGGAGAUACGGCCGGACUUCGAUUCGGGUUCAACUUGGUUAGGUGGCUUCCUGGACAUUGUUGUCGUGAAGGAGAGUGCGAGCCGUGAUAUCCACCUGUCGUAAGUGGAUCGAGCGGUGCGUGUGGGUACAUUUGGGCAACCCCUGCAGGGUGUACAUCUUAUCGAUAAGCCGUGUCCGCGGUUAUGGACGACUUGGAGCUGUAUGACUCGACCAUAGACAACUUACACCUGCUGUUUCAAUCAUAAUAACUUGUGUAGUAAGUUAGCACAACUCUAAUAAUAAAUGGCUAAAACUUGACAACCGUGUGAGUGCCUUUGUAAGUACCUCCUGGCGAGGGGGGAACAAAUCGGUUGUGUUAUGUUUGCAGGGUAUAGAGUUAGUUUAUGCGCUCUCUCACCUUCUCUGAUUAGACGAAUGUUGUAGAGUGUCUCUAUAGGUUUUUAGUGCUUGCGCGCUGCCGCUUAACCCCACCAUAUUGUCUAUGACGUUCCUCUUGCGUCCUCUAAAUCCCCUGCGUGCCUCAAGUACAAAGGACGACUGGUUGACGAAUGCUUAUACGUCUUGAAGUCUUGUUAAGUACGAACCCGUACUUAUUGCUGCUUCUACGGGACAUAACCGGGCAGGUAUGAAGAUCGGUACGAUGAAGAACGACGCUAGAAGGUUACCCUUACGGCUUGGCCUGGGCAGGGUUAUGGACGCCAUUGGUUAUCUUCAGGACUCUUAGUCCAAUUUGUAUCUUGUCCGUACUCGGAUGUAUUUGAUCUUCUGUAUGAUUUGGAUCUUAUGUUGUAUAUUUGUAUCUUGACUCGUUGGAGUCGUUGUUGUAA